CAAGAUAUCUGGUAGGAUCUUUGACGAGAUGCUCGGCAAAACAGGUAGAAGCUCUUGCACAAGAGACACAAUAUUUACCUCCUGGCAUCAAUAAAAUAACCUUUUUCAAUAUCAAUUCAUCUUCCUUUCAUGAGAGUGGAUUUUGUACACCCAAACAAAAAAAAGUAGGUUAAAAAAACAAGUGUUCAGCAUGCUCUGGCACCAGAGCUGGAGACGACGGGUUGCAUCUACUGGGCACCACUGAGCAGUGUUUCUCUGUUCUACUGGACCGACCCGAUCCUCAGCUUACUUGGCCCAGCAUACGGCUUCACCGCCCAUCUUUGCUUCCUGUAGCCGCCGGACCGUGCAGCCUUGCCGCCGCCGCCGCGAGGCCUCGUCGGAGAAGCAACCCUGACCCUGAGGAUGGCGACUCUGAGGAGCCUCAAGAUCAAGACCUCGACGUGCAUGAGGGUGGCCAAGGAGCUGUGGUCGUACGAGGAGGUGGUGGGGAGGGAGGCGGCCAAGGCCGCCGUCAUGAAGAACAGAGGCGCCAAUCUUGACGACCUCAAGCAGCAGGAGAAUGUCUUGGCUGAGUCAAGGAUGAUGGUCCCAGACUGCCAUAAGAGACUUGACGCCGCAGUGGCAGACCUGAAAGCAACUCUGGCCGAAUUGAUGAGAUAGCAGAGGCGGAGAGCGACCAGAGGUUGAAACUCUAAGCCAACCGGAUAUUAACUUGGACUUCAAAACCUUUGUUUUGUUGAAAUGUCAGCAGUCAUCUUGAUUUGUAUUGUUGAUAUAUCAGAAACUCAUUCCGUGAGAUGUUUCAUAUGAGUUCGUGUAUCCAUUGACUGAUGAGCCCGACUUCUAAGAUACUGAAUCAUGUGUUUUCUAUAUCUCAAAAAAUGAUUAUGUGUUUGCUAUUUAUUCAUGCAUUUCUUUUCACA